GGAACAGUCACUCUUCAACUUCUCGUGCUGCUUCCUGCCUUUAACGGUCUGUGAAGUUGUUUGUGCUUUUCGAUUGUGCUCCCAUCGUUGACAGGCUACAGUCAGACUCGUGUUUUAUUUGCUUGACCACCAACUUUUUCAUUCCGUUUGACUGCAGUACUGUUUGCUUAUCAUGUCUGGCGUGGAAACAAACAGUACAAACGGAGCGAGUGGGGAUUGCGUUGACGCCAGACGUGAAGAUGAGUCAGGAGCACCAGGGGCGGCUGGUUCGUCUGAGUCCAUGCAGGUGGAUGCCAAGCCCAAGUCCCACUCCUUCCGCUACAGCCUCAACUUCCCCAGCAUGGGCAACUGCAUCAUCAUCAACAACAAGAACUUUGACCGCUGCACAGGCAUGAAUGUGCGGAAUGGCACAGACAUAGAUGCAGGUAAUGCCAUGAAGGUGUUUGGGAAACUUGGUUACAAAGUGAAGGUGUUCAAUGACCAGACUGUGGAUCAGAUUGUACAGGUCCUAACGGCAGUUGCCAAGGACGAUCACCGCCACUGUGCCUCGUUUGUGUGCGUGCUGCUGAGCCACGGGGACGAGGGGGUGUUUUUUGGCACGGACCGUUCGGUGGAGAUGAAGACUCUCACCAGCCUGUUUAGAGGGGACCGCUGCACCUCUCUGGUGGGCAAGCCCAAACUCUUCUUCAUUCAGGCAUGCAGAGGUACGGACCUGGAUGCAGGGAUCGAGGCGGACAGCCAUGAAUCCCCUGAGAGAAUCCCUGUGGAGGCUGACUUCUUGUAUGCCUAUUCAACUGCACCAGGUUAUUAUUCCUGGAGGAACACCACCACAGGUUCCUGGUUCAUGCAGUCCCUUUGUGAGAUGUUCACCAAGUACGGCAGAGAGCUGGAGCUCAUGCAGAUCAUGACCCGCGUCAACCACAAGGUGGCGUUGGACUUCGAGUCCGUCUCCAACAUGCCCGGCUUUGAUGCCAGGAAGCAGAUCCCCUGCAUUGUGUCGAUGCUAACCAAAGAGAUGUACUUCACAUCUUAAAGGAUUCACAAGUUUGUCUCUUUCUCUUCGGGUGUUUCUGUUUUUUUAUGUAUUUAUUUCCUGUUGACUGUUUACACAUUCUCUUUUUCUCACAUUUGUUGCUACAUUUGUCUGCAAUUCUGAAAUGUUGUAUACUACAUUUUGCCUGAGAACAAUGAGGCUUUUUGUAGGAUAACUCUGGGUAUUCCGCAGUGUUAUGAUGCUUAGGUUUUAGAUUUAGGCUGCAUAGUAGCCUAGCCUUACACUUUCAAAAUACUAGACGCUUCAAGUCAAAGGAUGAGCCACAUGGACACAACAGGUUGCAACAGCACAAUUUCUAUGUUGUCAUGUAAUUUAAAGGGAUUAUUAUUUCUUUAUUUUUUCAGUGAAGUGUUUGUGUGUGUCUGUCUCUGUCUGUCUUUACUUCAACUUGGGAGUUUCAAUCAUGAAUAUUAAGUUAUUCAUACCAUUAUAUCACAGCUGGAAGUGUAAGCUCAGUAUUCCUGUACCAAUGGACUAGAAUAAUUCAGGGGCCAGUCUGUAAACAUCGUUUUUGUAGCCAUUUUUUCAGUUGUUCAUUCUCAAAGUGGGAUUAAGUGCACCCUAUAUAAUGGUCUAUGAUGUUAUUGCACUCCGUGAAUCUGUUUCAUAAUGAUGUUAAGCAUGUAAUGUAUGAGGUUGUACACUCACAAAAUAUGAUCAGCCAUUGGGCUUUAAUACCCCACUUUUGCUUGUCAUGGCCAUUGACCACAUGCAGGCUUGAAUCUUUCUGGUUAACCGUGCAGCCCGUAACCUAAAGUUAUACUUCACUUAAGAAAAGGUACUUUUGCCUGAGUAGCCACAUGCGAUAGCAGGGAUUUUGUAUAGUUUGGUUGAAUUGAAAUGUCGGACAGUGUUAGCUGAUCAUGUAUUAGCAAUAUGCAGGUGUUGCUAAUGUGAGUUUAUACUUUAAAUAUCUGAUGAUUUAAUUAAAGGCCUCAACAUCUUCCUAAGAGGGGUGUGAACACAAGUGCUCAGGUCACCUUUAACCCUACACCUAACCACUGCUCUGGUUCCUCAGACCAACACCUUUUUUCAGUGACUCGUAGCAGUGCUGUCAAACGCAGUUUAUUCCAAAGGUUCACAUUUAAAAAAAAAAAAAUGUAUUUCAAUCCAGCUGUUAAACCCUGCCCAGUCUCUGGAGAUAUGAUUAUUUGUUGGUUAAACUUAAACAGGAUAUCCUCAGCUGAAGUGAAUCCGCAGACAUCCCAAGUGUUCCUUAGUCCUUACAGAGCCUUAACAUGCAAGAGACAUUCCCAUACAACUUGAAAGCUUGUUUCACACAAGGAGGACAAUCAGUGUGUCUGCAGAGAACAGUUUAGCUUAAUCAUUGAAGAGAACCAGAAAACCAGUCGUAUGCUGUAGGUUUGAUUAUAACCAGAGACACUUACAUAUAUAUCCUUAAAAGGACUUUGUCAUAACCCUGUCCCAGUGUCGAGCCAUAACUUACAGCAGAUGUGACCGUGUCAUGGUAGACUGUGCCUCUCAUGUAAAGUUUAUAUGUCCUCCCUCGCUCCUCGGUCCUCGAUCCUCACUGAUCUACAUAAAGAAUGAUAUCGGGGCGGCAACAACGAUAGUCUUUCCCUUCGUCUAUCUUUCUUUAUGUAGAUCAGUGAGGAUCGAGGCCCGAGGAGCGAGGGAGGACGUAUAAACUUUACAUGAGAGGCACCCAUGUGUGAACCAGCAGCAUGCAGUAAAGGGAUUUUGAAAAGGCCUCGUCCUGUCAGCUAAAAAGGAAGAUUGUGAUAUUUGAAUUUGUAUGCGGUCAUGCACUAUGCACCAUAUGUGCGAUUAUGAGAUAUUGACAUUUUUAAAAAAAGGAAAUUUAAAACAAAAAUGUGAAAUUGAUCAUUUUGAAUAUUGCGUAAUGUUAUUGUGAAUGAAAACGGUGGACAUUGGAAUACAAAAAAACUAUGUGAGUGCACCACUUUUGUGACGUUUCAUAUAAAACAGACGGACAAAAUAUUACUUCUUUUCAAUGUGUGACUGUUUUCAACAUGUUGGUAGAUUGUGAAAAAUGUUCAGGCCAGAUAUCUCUCACAUAUAUUCUGUUUUUGUCUGCGAUAGUAAGUCAUAUUUUUAAUUUAAUACAGAUGUCAAUACUUUCUGUCACCACUCAUAUUACAAAUACAUGGUACCUGUGUAUGUUUUUGCUAAAGAAUAAACGAUUGGAAACAUA